CGUUCAGUGAUGCCUCUGCAGCCCACAGACGGAGCGAUACAGUAAGCUACUACAGUGUGUGGGACCUUACCAUCCAAGUGACGUCCUACAUGAUCAAUCCCGACUUGUUAUAUUCUCAAGGCGAAGACGUAAUUGCAGCGAAAUUCAGAGGAUUACUCUUGGGGCGAUUCUCGGACGGCCAGUGUACUGUUUUGACAAGGUGGAGAAAUGUGCACGCAAGGAGGACGAGGAGCCUGGAAUUAAACACAGGAGAGAAAAGAUGCCGAAGAUGAGACAGUAAAGAAGCUGGUUUUGGGGCCUGUGCAAACUUCCCACAGCAGCAGUUGGAUGUGCGCGUCGACCUGGCCACGAUGACAAUGAAAGGCCUGUCUAGCAGCCGUAGUCACCACCACAUGGUGACCUGCGACCCCUCUUAUGACUCCAUGACCCUGGGGCACUCAGAUCGUAGGUCCUACUUUCUCAACCCAGGGGAGGCUCAUCCUGCUGACCACCCCUGCUACACCCAGUGCAACUCCUUUCAGUCUGAGUGCGGUGCCUACCCUGAUCUGGCCAGCUGCACCUUCCCUCGCAGACAUUACAGCUCUCACCAUGAGCUGAAGGAGGAGUGUGGCGCUGUGGUGCCUUAUACGGGGCCAACAGGGAGCAGUAAGGGAAGUGGAGGAGGUGGUGGAAACAAUAACCGCAUCCCUUCUAACCUGCUCGAGCAGUUUGAGCGCCAGGCACCAGUGCGACGUGAAGGCUACCACACACUGCAGUACAAGCGCACUGCUGUAGAACAUCAACGUAGUGACAGCCCUGGUCGAAUCCGCCACCUUGUUCACUCUGUCCAGAAGCUUUUCACCAAGUCCCACUCCCUGGAGGGGCCCUCGGGGUCUGGUGGAGGAGGGAGCGGGAGGAUGAAUGGCAGCAAAUCCAGUCCUGAUGACCCGCCCUCCUCUUCUGGCACCCUGAAGCACAGUAAGCGCAGUAAGAGCAAAGACCGCUCCAAGUCGGAGCCUAAGAUGCGCACUGCCAUCUCAGGCUACUGGAGCUCAGACGACACACUCGACCGGGAGAUGUGCCUCUACCACCAUCACCAUGGGGGCAGUAGUGGGGGCCUGCCUUCUGGGGUCAUGACCAUGGGGCGCCACCCGGAAAAAUCCCAGUCGCAGUACUUCAUGGAGUCCUACAACACCAUCAGCGCACACUCUCUCAAGACAUCACGCAGCAACAACGAUGUGAAGUGCUCAACGUGCUCUGGGGGAAGCAGCGGAGGUAUACCACUGGUCAGCGCCCUGGAUGGCCAAAUGCAGAUGAAGAAGAGCUCGUGGUCUUCCACUCUGACAGUGAGCAGAGCAAGAGAGGUUUACCAGAAGGCCUCAGUCAACCUAGAUAAAGCUCUAGUGAAAGCCGAGCAGGGACGCACCUGCCACUUCCUACAGGUGCCUCAGGAUGACUGGAGUGGUUUCUCUCCACUGGGGAAGGAUGACGAGAUCCCGUGCCGGCGGAUGCGGAGUGGCAGCUACAUCAAGGCCAUGGCAGAAGAAGACAGCGGCGACUCGGACUGCAGCCCCAAACCCUCGCCCAAGGUCCAGGCACGACGAGCCAGCUACCUGAAGGCCACACAGCCGUCCCUCACAGAGAUGACCACGCUCAAGAUUUCCACAGAGCAUUCGCCCAAGCUACAGAUCCGGAGUCACAGCUAUCUGCGGGCGGUGAGUGAGGUUUCCAUCAAUAGGAGUCUGGACAGCUUGGACCCGGCAGGGCUGCUGGCCUCGCCUAAAUUCCGCUCACGAAACGAGAGCUACAUGAGAGCCAUGAGCACCAUCAGCCAGGUGAGCGAGGUGGAGGUGAAUGGGCAGAUCGAGGCGGUGUGUGAGUCAGUGUUCAGUGAGAUGGAGUCGCAGGCGGUGGAUGCCCUGGACCUGCCCAUGCCCGGCUGCUUCCGCAUGCGGAGCCACAGCUACGUUCGUGCCAUAGAGAAGGGCUGCUCGCAGGAAGAGGAAGAGGGAGGCGUCACGGUGGGCAACAGGAGGACCAAUUCACCCCCUCGCACCACCACCACUGUCAGAACCAUCCAGAGCAGCACAGUGUCAUCAUGCAUCACCACCUACAAGAAGACACCUCCCCCGGUCCCACCACGGACCACCCCAUCCAAACCCUUCAUAUCGAUCACGGCCCAGAGCAGCACAGAGUCCGCCCAGGAUGCCUACAUGGACGGGGGCUCCGGCCCGCGGACGGGCAUCAGCUCCCAGCCGGGCCUGUCCAACUCCACAGAGAGCAUCGACAGCAUGAAGGCUCUGACAGCAGCCAUAGAGGCGGCUAACGCUCAGGUGCACGGCCCCGCCAGCCAGCACGUCACCAACAGCACCAUCACCAUCACUGCCACCGCUACCACCUCUGCCGUCGCACACGUCUCAGCAGACAGCAAGGCACAGAGGGAAGCGCUCCGCAAGUGCCUCUCCAUAGGGAUCCAGGUGGACCCAGAGGAAGGAGGGCCAACAGAGGAGCAGUCUAAAUUCCAGUCAAUAGGAAUUCAGGUGGAGGAUGAGCGAUGUUACCGCAGGAUGACCCGCUCCAACAGUGUAACCACGGCCGUGCAGGCUGACCUCGACGACCCCACAGACGCACCAGAGCUCCCGCCGCGUCACUUUUCCACCAUGCCUCGCCAGCACUCCCGCGAUGCUGCUACUUCUACCGUCAGCAUCCAGGGCUCGGGGAACCACUACCACGCUUGUGCCGCUGAUGACUACGGGGAGGUGGGGUUCGACCCUUCAAUCCUGCCCCCUCCAGACCCAUGGAUGGACAGCAUGGCCGAGCCCGAGGUGGGGGCUCUGGAGGCUGUCGGCCGAUCGGUGUGCCCCCGUGACGGCCGUUGGUUCCUCAAGUUGCUGCAGGCUGAGACGGAGCGUAUGGAGGGCUGGUGUAGACAGAUGGCGCAGGAUGAGAUGGAGAAUGAGCUGCCUGAUGAGAUCCUGGGGAAGAUCCGCAGUGCAGUGGGGAGUGCCCAGCUGCUGAUGUCCCAGAAGUUCCAGCAGUUCCGGGAGCUGUGUGAGGAGAAUCUGAACCCAAAUGCACACCCACGGCCCAUCUCCCAGGACCUGGCAGGUUUCUGGGACAUGCUCCAGCUGUCUAUCGAGAACAUUAGCCUGAAAUUUGAUGAACUCCACCAACUCAAAGCCAACAACUGGAAACCUCUGACCCCACCAGAAAUUCAGGAGAGAAGGAUGCCCCCUCCCGUGCCAAAGAAGCCCCAGAAGGGCCACCCUCCCCUGGCUAGGGACCGCUCGCUGGAGAGCUCUGAGCGCCAGCGUCUGGAGGCUCGCAAACGCCUGCUAGCUGCCAAACGUGCCGCGUCGGUUCGGCAGAGCUCUGCUACAGAGAGCGCAGACAGUAUCGAGAUCUAUAUCCCUGAGGCUCAGACCAGACUAUGAGACACACAAACACAUGUACCUACGCACAUGCCUAAUACACUGUCCCAUCCACACAAUAGCACUGAAUGGUAAGGCUAGGGUGCUAACAUAACAAUCACAUUUUUUGUAGACUUUCCAGAUCACUGUGGGGUCAGUCAUGAUGGAAGUUGUUUGAACAAGAAAUGUACAUUUACAGUAUUUAUUUAUUUAUUUAACCCCCCCCCCCAUUUACUUCUCCCAGCUUUGAUGUAGCAGUCCCUCCUGUUCCUGUACCUCCACCCACCCUGCACUCUCAAAGAAGUAUCUUUUUUUUAAGUGGCCUAAUAUUACAAAGUAAGCCAGGUGUAGCACAGCAGUGAUGCUUCAUGUUAAUGUGUUUCAGGUGCUGAGAAUCAGAGGGAAAACAGGGAGGGAGCAUGCAUGUGCAUGUGGAGUGUGUGUAUGUAUAUACAUGCAAACCACACAACAAAAAAAAAAAUCAAAUGGAAAGACCAGACCAGACCUAAUCACUCAUAUUCGAUUUUAUUUUUAUAUUUGUAUAAAAUCCUAUGAUCUGACUCUGAAAAUACCAUAAGCUUGGAAGUUUUUGAUUUGUAUAAUGAGGGCAAACAUUAUAAAACAAUGGUGAAAAGACCAGACAAGGAAACCAUAAUGUCAGUUAGUGACACAAUUCGCCCUCUGUCUGAAAAUGGGUCUUUCCGGCAGCAGGAGGCCAACCCUGUAGGAAAGGUCAAGAGGUCAGAGUUUGCUCCUGCAGGUGAGGCAAAGUGGCUAUUGAGCCAGGAGCAGAUUUUGGGCUUCUAAAAAGAGUGCAGUUCACUGAAAGAAUCACUGUUCGAAAAUGCCACAAACCUAAUCUGUGUGUGAGUGAGACAAGGAGCGCACGCGUGUGCGUGCGUGUGUGUGUGUUAUGAUUCAGAUAUUUAUUUCAAAAGUGCUUCCUAUUUUUCAAGGUCUAAAGGGUCCUAGUUGUAAUUGAAGAUUAAGGUAGCAGUAUCAACAAACUGUAAACAAACCACCCAUCUUGUCUCAUUUUAAACUGAGCAAAACAUGUUUGUAUAAAGAACAUACAGUAUAAUGACAUGACAUGCAUGCUGACACAAGGUAACUGAUAUUUUUGUCUUUUCUAAACAGGUUUAAUCCUUUCUCAUGUUGGGUUCAAACUCUUUGGUGUUACAGACAAUGCUAAAAUACUGAUAUUUGGUACAAUACUGGUAGUUGUACUAUAUUUUAUUAUGUAAUUUUUAGACAAGAGAGGUUUAUUGACAGUAUUGAGACUAAAGGACUGAAAAGGGACUAUUUUCUCCUCACUGUGUGUGCACUAUCUCUGCCUCCAAAUGAAGCAAUUAUUUGAAGGCCAUACAAACAAAAUCCAAUUUGUAAUAUUUUGUAUUCAUGUUUAAUUUAUUGAUUAGGAGAACAAUGACUGUUUAUUGAGAUUUUGAUUAUUAUUAUUAUUAUUAUGCACUGACAACAAGGCCCUUAUACUGUGUUUAUGUUUUAUUUAUGUUGGUUCUUUUGCAUGACAGGCACCUUUUUGUUUGUUUUUUCUGUUUCAAUGAUCAGCCUUAAUUUCUAAUAUGAUAGUCGAGCACAACAGCAGUCUCAGGGGAAGAUGUGUGUGUGUCUGUGCGUGCGUGCGCACAUGUGUGUGUGAGUGUGACUGACUUCAUGUGACUGUAUGUGACCCAUGGCUUUGUCUCUAUAACCCCAGCCACAAGGAUAGGCCAUUAUCUUAAAUAAGGGAAUAGUAUCCAUGCCAUCUUUUUGAAUGAAUCUGUUGAACAUCUCAGCCCUAAUUACUUCAAUGUAACAAGGUAUUUCUAUCAGCUGCUUGAAUGUGGAGACAAUCCUGAGCCGGUUUACCAUCACAUUAUUGUUUUGAUAACAGAAUAGCAGGACUUUGGUGUGUAGUCCAAUUCUCUAUAUUGAUCUGACAAAGUUUUGUGCCAUUGGAUGACUAUAGGUGAGGAUAUAUUCCUGCUAUUUGUCCCUAGUGAAAGAUUUUUCAUUGAGAGACGUUUGUGAAGGAACUCAAGUGAUGAAGUAACCGUACAGUAUGAUUUGUAUUUUCUUUAGUUGGUCCAUAUGAAUUUUAAAGAGAAUGCAUAAAAGUAACAAUAGUUCAAACUUAACGCCAUUUUAUGUAGAUGAAGCUCAUUUUAGUAUUUUUUAUUUUCGAACUUGUAUUUGAAUUUGUCUGUCAAAUGAUGAACUUCUUAUUUAUGUUUAUUAUAUUAACAUAUCAAUAUAAUACUCCUGAUAUAACAGGGAGUUAGAAACCAGAAUGUUGGAUUGUGGUUAAUUGCUAAACUCAAAAGACACUCCAGCAAAUUCUGAAGCUUGUGAUGUAGUUAUAUUAAGAGAACAACAUUCAAAUAAACAUUUGUACAUAAAUGAAUGUUUCCAUAUGUAAAUGUAAACUAAAAAACCUAAUCAAAUAACAUAUUAAGCAGAUAUACAUUUUGUAAUUAAUGUUAUUACACUGUGGAUGUUAUGGCACGUGUAUGAGCUCUUAUCAGCAUUAAAAAAUAUCAUUGCCAUAA